CGGACCCGUACACAGCCGCCUUCUUCCCGCCAGACCCGAACCCCGAGACCCGGACCAGAGACCCGGACCAGAGACCCGGACCAGAGACCCGGACCCCGAGACCCGAGACCCGAGUCCCGGACCGAGACUCUCUGCCUCUCUCCUUCCUCCCUGGUGCUGUCCAGGCGUGCGGGGGUCCGGGGGUCCGGGGCCAUGAGUAGUUGCUGGGGGGACAGUCUCCAGAACCCUUUGACGUGGAACACCUGAAAUGGGGACAGGCCUUGCCGCCGUGAUGCAGGCUCAGCUGUAACCGCCGUGAAGACGACGCUCCUCUCCGCUCACCUCGCUGUCCUCUUACGACUCCGCCCGCUUGCCCCUCCCCCUCCCGACUUUCUUUUGAAGCCACUGCCCUGCUGCCUCCCUCCUUUCUCCCGAGGCAAUCUCCAAACGCGCCUGAUCCAAAACCAUGGCCGGCAGACUCCGCUUGUCCUCCCCGUUGCUCCACCUCCUGCUCCCUGCACUGACGCUCCUCCACCUGCCCGGCGUGGUGAGGGGUGACUGCUGGCUGAUAGAGGGGGACAAAGGCUACGUCUGGCUGGCUAUCUGCAGCCAGAACCAGCCCCCGUACGAGACCAUCCCCCAGCACAUCAACAGCACGGUUCACGAUCUGAGGCUGAAUGAGAACAAACUGAAGGCGGUGCUCUUCACCUCCAUGUACCGCUUCACCAACCUCACGGACCUCAAUCUGACCAAGAACGAGAUCAGCUACAUCGAGGACGGGGCCUUCGCUGGACAGGCCAACCUGCAGGUUCUCCAGCUGGGCUACAAUAAGAUGACCAACCUGACUGAGGGCAUGCUGAGAGGUCUGGGUCGAAUGCAGUGCCUGUUUGUGCAACACAACCUGAUUGAGGUCAUUGCCACCAAUGCCUUCUGGGAGUGCCCGAGCCUCAGCAGCCUGGACCUAUCGUCCAAUAAGUUGGCCCGUCUGGACCCGUCGACCUUCACUGUCCUCAACCGGCUGCUGGUGUGUGAACUGGCGGGGAAUCCGUUCCACUGCGGCUGCGAUCUCUACAGCUUCCUCGCCUGGCUGGAGGCGUUCAACAACGUCACACACACCUACGACCGCCUCCAGUGCGAAACCCCGGUGGAAAUGACUGGUUUUCCACUCCUGAGCCCGGUGCCCGGACACGGAAGAAAUGCCCGUUACACUCUUUUAUCCAUGUGUCGGGAUGGUGUGAUAAUUCCAGGGAUAACUUCCCAGACACCAGAUCAGGAUGGCUCAGGUUUUGACAACCCGGACCAGGGUCUGUACCACCAACCCACCACAUCGUCCACUGCCAACCCGACCUACAACCAUCAGAUUUCCAUAAAGCUUCACACCGUUUCCCUCUUCACGGCUUCACUAGUCGUGCAGAUCCCACGGCCAUACAGCAAGAUGUACAUCCUCUCCCAGUUCAAUCAAAGUUCUUCUGUGGACAUCAAGCCCCUUAUAAAAAAGAAGGAGGUCCUACAUUUGGACAAACUGAAACCGCACACAAACUACACGUAUUGUGUGGUUUCAGCAAGCAAAUAUCAGCGCUACAAUCACACCUGUCUGUCCUUCACCACACGGGCUAUGGGACCAGAGGACCCGCGAGCCAAUCCAUCCACAACGACCCACUACAUCAUAACCAUCUUGGGAUGUCUGUUCGGCAUGGUCAUCGUGCUCGGGUUGGUCUAUUACUGUCUCAGACGGCGACGCAUCGAGGAAGAGAAGCAGAAGGCUAUAUGUGUGAAGAAAACUAUUUUGGAGAUGAGGUAUGGCCCUGAGGCGGCUGCCGCUGUGGCUAAUGACGCAGGCACCAUGCAGCGCCUCCAGGAGCAAGCUCACCACCAGCACCACCAUUCAGGGGGAGCUGGAGGAGGCAAGCUGCCCCCAUCGGCCUCCUCGAGCACAGACAUGCUCCACGGCUCUACCAACACCAGUUCUUCCCGCCUCUCCACCUUGCCACAGGUGGAAAAAAUGGCCAGUGCCUUUUCUGAGGCAAUGGGCGGCAAGGGAAACUACAUGGAUGUGAGGACAGCGGGAGUGGCGGGGGAAGGGAGGGAGGGAGGGAUGGGAGUUGGAGGAGCAGUGAUAGGAGGGGAAGUCGUUGUGGAUCGGCGAGGUGGAGCUGAGAAUGGAACGGAGGCCGAAGAGGAUUCGGAUGACGAUGGCCGUGGCUCAGCAUCAGAGAUCUCCACCAUUGCCAAGGAGGUGGAUAAAGUGAACCAAAUCAUCAACAACUGCAUUGAUGCCCUGAAGCUGGAUGCCUCGGCUAAUGUUGUAACCACGGCUGACAAUGGCAACCCUGUGUCCUCCUCCCAGCCGCAAACCUGCAUCACCUCCCUGCCCCACAACCUCCUGCCCCUCUCUCCAGGCCACCCUGGAGAUCUGAUUAUGGCCUCUUCUCCAAAGGUGCAUCCAAAGUCUCACCCCCAGUCUCACCCUCAGCAACAUCCUCAGUCACAUCCUCAUCCUCAGCUACAUCCACCACCUCACCCGCCUUCAAUGGCCCCAGUGCCCCUUGUCAUGCCCCUCUCUGAGCGGCCGGGCAUCAGCGGUGGGGGGUUCCUCUCCCCUCCUUACCGUGACCCACCCCCAGCUAAUGCUGUGCGGCCCCUUCAGAGGCAGUUGAGCGCUGACACCGGUGCGCCGAAGAAUCGUUGCGGUGCCCCGGCUGCGGGAUCUGCCAAGAGCAACCGGGUGUUGAAGGUAGAAAUCCCUGAGCAGCGCAGUGAUCCUCCCAAGUACCCAACAGAAAAGGGCAGCCCUGGGGGUUGUGGCGGAGGUGGUGGAUGCAAUGGGAAUGGGAUGGGAAACAUAAAUGGCGGCGGGGUGAGUUUGAAUGGGGGCGGGAAGGGGUGCAGUAACGGUAGUGGAGGUGCAGGUGUUGACCCUGGACAGCAGCAGCAGCACCACUUGGAGGUUCAGCCAGACUACCACAGCUCGGAGCACCGGCACUCCUUUCCUGCUCUCUACUACGAGGGCGGCAACGAGUCACCCUCACCGGCCCAAAAGGCGUCCUUCCUCAAGCCACUGGGCCGCACCAAGAGGGAUGCCAAAGCCACCUACUCGCAGCUCUCACCUUCUCGCCACCAGAACUACAACUCUGGCUACUCCUCCAGUCCCGAGUAUUCGUCUGAGAGCACACUGCGGAUCUGGGAGCGAUUCCGGCCUUACAAGAAGAGCCCCAGAGAGGAAGCCUCGUACAUAGCGGCAGGCCACGCCCUGCGUAAGAAGGUGCAGUUUGCCAAGGACGAGGACCUUCACGAUAUUUUGGACUACUGGAAGGGAGUUUCUGCCCAGCAGAAGCUGUGAGCAGAGGAAGCGAAGUUAAAAGGUGUAAGGGAGAUUGCGAGGUUGGAUGCCAACAGCAGACUAAAAACAGAAGACUAGAUGUUAUUGUAGCAAGACGGAUGAUGAUUGUCCGACGAGGUGUCCAGUGACACGGUUCCUUCCCUUGUGGGAUCCAGAACUGAAGAGGUAUUCUCUCCGGGUGAUGUGUGUUUCUUUCUUUUUUCUAACUGAAUCUAUGAUAAUCCAUUGACAUUUUAGACCAGAUGUUUCUGAGGUUGGCUGUGCUCACCACAAUACUGAGUGAUACUGUAAUCACCAGACUACCUCAUACUGGGCACCUUGGUCCUCGCAGGCUUCCGUAGGCCCGCUGAAUCCACACUAACAAGCAAAGAAAAAGCGGUAAAAGGCAAUGUCUUCUACCUCAAUGCUGGUUCACUGUAGCUCGGCUAUCUCACCGGAGGCAGCCCCAUUCGUGGCUUAACCCCCCCCCCUCCCCCGCACAGCCUCG